AUGGGAAGGAGGACUCCUGCGAAGAGGAGAAAAAGUCAGCUUAAAGGAGAGACAGUUGAAGAUCCAGCAAAGCAGAGGGAAAGGAAGGGAAGGGAAGGGAAAGGAAAGGAGAAUCAACCUUCAAUGUAUGCUCUUGUUGUAAAAAUGAAGGUUUACGCUGAAACCAAAUUAUUUGUGGUGCUAUGCUCUCUACUUUUAGCAGGACAUGCAAUUGAGGCUUCAUUGUACGACUACUCUACAAGCAUCAAGUGCUUGGUUAAUCCUCUAGAGCCUCAAUAUGGAGGAGGAUUAGUGGCUAAUCCUACCUUUGAAAAUGGCUUAGAAGGAUGGGUUGGUUUUGAAGGCGCGAACAUUGAAGUGAGAAGAGGAAGCAUGGGAAACAAGUUUAUUGUAGCCUACAACAGAAGUCAACCAUAUGAUAGUUUCUCACAAUGGCUAUAUUUAGAGGAAGGGCUUUUAUACACAUUUUCAGCUUGGGUACAAAUUAGUGAAGGAAAUGAGAUUGUUGUAGCUCAAUUCAAAAAUUCACAAAAUCGCAGUAUGAUUGUGGGCACUGUCAUAGCUCAAUCUGGCUGCUGGUCUAUGCUAAAAGGAGGGCUCACCGUGAAUGUCACCAUGCCAGCCGAGCUCUAUUUUGAGAGCAAAAACACCAGUAUUGAGUUAUGGUUAGAUAAUGUGUCUCUACAACCCUUUACUAGAAGUCAAUGGAGAGCUCAACAAUCCAAAAGCAUAAAGAAGAUGAGAACGAGGGAAGUGCGAUUCCAUGUCACUGACAAGAAUGGGAAAAGGCUCAAAGGAGUGAAAAUUAACGUCAAGCAAACAAGACCUCAUUUCCCACUAGGUUGUGCCACUGCACUGACUAUCUUAGAAAACAAGGCCUACCAAAACUGGUUCACCAAGCGGUUUACUGCAACAACUUUUGACAAUGAAAUGAAAUGGUAUUUCACCGAGGAAAUUCGUGGACAUGAAAACUACUCUAUCUCAGAUGCUAUGCUUGCAUUUGCUAAACAGCACAGAAUUUCAGUGAGAGGCCAUAAUAUUUUUUGGGAUGAUCCAAAGGAGAAUAUGAAUUGGAUCAAAUCUUUAUCCCCAAAAGAGCUUGUGAAUGCAGCUGUGCGCCGAAUGGGUUCAAUAAUGUCGAGGUAUUCUGGUGAGGUUAUUGCAUGGGAUGUCAUGAAUGAGAAUCUGCACUUCUCAUUCUUUGAAGAUAAAAUAGGUCCAAAUGCUUCUGCCAUGUUCUACAAGAUUGCACAAGCGCUAGAUUACAAAACACCAAUGUUCAUGAAUGAGUUUAACACUUUGGAGUAUGCAAGAGACACAAAUGCCAUUGCAGAUAAGUACCUGGAGAAACUUAGGGAGAUCAGAUCUUUUCCGGGAAAUGAAGAAAUGGUGGUAGGGAUUGAUUACAAGCUCAUUUCAGUAAGCUGA